AUGGACAGCAAACGACUGUUCUCGGCUUUAUUGCUUUGCGCAGUACUGGUCCUGCAGUCGGCAGCCACGAAUGAGGGCAAUCGAUACAGACUCUUUGACAGACAUCGACAAUCUGUGGGGCGGCAUGAAUAUGUGUUGCCUCAGGGCCGGGGUCAAGAGUUUUGGGAUUUGUUGGGAAAAACUACAACGACAACAACUACAACUACUGAAUCGCCAACCACAUCGCCUGUAGUUUCUCCGCCGCCACCACCACCACCUCCUGUUACACCACCAGUUGUAACACCACCGCCAUCUCCUCCGCCACCACCACCACCGCCACCACCACCGCCCCCAACACCUCCACCGCCGCCACCUCCUCCAACAACUCCACCACCUCCACCGCCACCUCCUCCUCCACCACCACCACCAGAGCGUAAAACAGAUCGUGCAUUCGGGGACUCCCAAAGCGAGGUACGCAACUUCAAUGAGGAAUAUCCAAACAGGGUUCGGCUUCGUCAAAAUUUCCGACAGCAUAACAUUCGAAAGCCACACAAUGCCGAAGACGAUGAAGAUGAGGCCGUAGAACAAGGACGCCAGAGCAAUGUUUCCUCUGGUAAUUCGAAUGAUCGCAAGGAUCCAAAACGAGAUGGCAGCGGCAGUUCGUUAAGCUCCGAUAGCAAACGUCGCCUCAGAGCAAAACGUCGCCUCAGAGCAAAACGCCGUCGUCGUGCCGGCCUUAAGAAACGUUCCACAAAAAGACGCGCAUUCAAGCGCAGCCGUAGAAACAGAAAAAAAACUAGGGCCCAAAAACGCCGGCUGGGUCAGAGUACACGCGCCAGUAGACAACGCAUGCGUCUAAAGAAAUACAGAAGACGAAAUGUUGUCGGACAUAGAAUGAGAGGACUGCGACGUCGUACCGUUAUGCGUAAUUCACGACAAUCCCUUAGACAUUUCCAACGACGACGCCGUAAGAAGCAAAUGAAACGUAGACUCCAUCGUCUUGCUAAUAGAAGACGCCUGCGCCGUUUUAGAAGAAAGGGUCGCAAUUAG